CCAAUUUUCUGGCUACGCCACUGAAGACGAUUAAGCGUAAAAUAAAGAGUGACGAUGACCUAAUAUUUGUCAUUAAGGCGUCAUUAGCAUUAGAUCACAAAUGUAUUCCUAGAAGCCUAAAGUAGAUAUAAAACAUGAAACGGCAUUAUUGCAAGCCUUAUUACACCAGAAAAUGUAAACACCUUUCCCGACACUGUAACACUAUUCAACGACACCGUCGAUACGGAAUAGGCAUACGCAAUUGCUGCUAAAGAAUUAACUGCCGAGCAGACUAUUUUCAAAUUCAUCAAAACCAGACUUAUAGGCUCAGCGCGAUAACCAUAAGUAUGAUCAAAUCAAAUCAGAUUGUUCAAAUUUAUCAACACAACCAAUAAGUCCGAUACUCAAAAUGUUAACCAAAAUUAGAACCUUAUCAAAGUUUCGAAAUUAUCAAAACUAGUUAAACUUCCCACAAUAAAAAUAAAAAUAAAACAAAUUUCAACAAAAAUAUAAACGUCGCGUAUUCCCCGACAUGCAAAAUGAACAAAUGAGCAAUAUGAACAUAUUUUCAAUUUUGAACAAUUUAGAAAGAGAACGCUUAUCUACUAAUAACUUUUACGCACAUAAAAUAGAAAAUGAACAGACGGUAAACUGUAAUAGAAACACUCAUUAGAUAUUUCUCUACUUUCGGUAUUCCAAAACAAAUCACCUGUGAUCAAGCGACAAGCUUUCGGAAUAUAUUAUUGCAUUUUGCUAGUACUAGUAACAGCAAUGGAAUUAUAGAAAGAUUUUAAAACCUAACUAAAACUAGAAACCUUGACUGAUAAAACUGAAACCUUUACUAAAGCUUGCCGUAGCAUUGUAUAACGAAACAAAACAUUCUAUAGAUAAAAUAGCACCCAGGACCGUCAAACUCACUGAACCAGUUGAAAAUUGUUAACGAUCAGACUAAAACCGUACAAACAGCAUUGGAUAACAUUGAAUUACAUAUUACAAAUAAAAGCUCCAACACUCUUUGGGGAAGAGUAAAAGAAUUUACAAAAAUAAAACAUAUGCAAAAUGUAAAGGAAAAAUAUCUCUUUCAAAUCAUUCGUUGCCUGACCACGGUUGAGAACAGGUGUAUUUCGCGAUCGACCCGUUCAAUAACGUCAACAAUCCGAACGAUCCAGUAAAGCUGCAAUAUCAGCAAUCGCCGGUGUGUAAUUAACCGCGUGCAACCAAAAUAAGCAUCCGAUAAAAAACGCAAGUAAAACUGCCAAUUCACACGUAGCAAAACUACGUGAUGAAUGAGCACCAGUUCCCCCGCUGGGGGGAACCCUCCGGCGGAGGUCCCGCCGGAAAAGUGAUGGUACUGGAAAGGAAGGAGGAAGGUAAAAACUUUCAUGGAGUGUUUCCCGUGUUAGUGGAAAAAUUCAUCCAAAGCUACUGUGAUCCACAGUGCAAAAAAACACGCGAUGGAAAUUUUUUUGUGACGGUGAAGAACGAAUGCCAGGCAAGAAAUCUGGCUAAAAUGGAAAAGAUGACCGACGGAAUAACGGUCAACGUUUACGAACACAAAACCCUAAAUUCGUGCAAAGUGGUCGUUUUCUGUCGCGAUGUUAGGGAAGAUAGUGAUACGGAUAUACUAGCGAUGCUCUCGGAACAGGGAAUAACUGAAGUGAAGCAAAUUAUGAAAGGAAGAGAAGAAAAUAAAACCUCCACGGGAAUUUUUGUCCUCACUGUCAAAGGCACCAAGCCACCAAGUGAACUGAAACUAGGUUACAUUGUGCUUGAAACUCGACCUUGGUACCCAAAUCCGCUGAGGUGCUUCAAGUGCCUCAAAUUCGGACAUACAAGUAAGAACUGUUCCAGAAAAAAAUGCAGCAAGUGCGGUGAACUAUACCACGAAGAAUGUACCAACAGCGAAAAAUGUAUCAACUGUGGAAACAAGCAUGGCGCAUUCUCUAAGGAAUGCCCUACCCUGAAGCAAGAAAAAGCCAUUACAAAAGUGAAAGUGGAUAAAAACAUCUCUUUCUGGGAAGCAAGGAAAAUUGUGGAAAACGAGGGUAAAUCAACAUAUUCGGAUACCCUUAAAUCAUCACUGAAGACUGAUGAAAAAAUCGCACAACUGACCGAACAAAACAAUCUGUAUCGUAACCAAAUCCAACAGUUAGAAGAAGAGAGGAAACCACUAGCAGAAUCCAUCAAACUAGACUACAACACUCAUUACGAAAGUCUGCUGAAGCAAUACCAGGACGAAAACGAAAAAAAAGUUCGGAAAAUGGAAGAAAACUACGCAGCCAUCCACAACAAAUUUGAAAAACUUGCAUCAGUAUACCAAGAAGAAAAACAAAGAAGAAAAAAGGCAGAGAAAGACCUCGAAAAACUCCAAGAAAAUUACGCUAAGCUAGAAAACAUACUAAAACAACACGGAUAUAAAUCCGCCCCCAAACAUAGAAAUCAAGAUAACCCCGCGCCUUCACCGCCCAGGAAAAAGAAAGCCAACCACAAGAUGGCACCAGCCAAGGAAGUGGAUUACGUCGACUCAGAAUCUGAAAACACCGACGGUCAACCCGACGAACACAUGGACCAGCAACCCUGAUACAAACAAACCAGAAUACCAAACACCACCAAACUCGAAUCCGGAUUAUCUACACAACAACAAACAACAACAAAAAUAAUGACAGAAAUACGCAAUGGAAUUGUAAUGGAGUAAGAAGUCAAUAUGAGGUUCUUCAACUUUUAGUCAGCAAAUUCAAACCAAAAAUCAUUACACUACAGGAAAC